AUGGUUCACACACAUCACCACACCACCCCGAACCAACCGGAACAUCCACAGCAACCCCCUCUCAACCACGAUACCAAAUCUUCAAGACCAAAGCCAAGCACAAUGAAACUCCUAUACAUCCUCCCUGCAUUGCUUACCACCGCCUCCUCCCUCCCAAGUCUCUCCGGCUGGUCCCUCACGUUCAACGACCAGAUCUUCCACGACAACGGCAGCUCCGUCUGCUUCUGUGCCUUCAUCGCCAAUUCCACCGUAGUUCAUAUAGACGGCAUCACGAACUUGUACGUCGUCAAGUUCGCCAGGGACGCUAUGUGUCGAGAUAUUGUGUACUCGUGGAAUGCGGAUGGCGUGGCGCCGGCGGUUCAGGAUACGCAUAGUUUUCAGGUUUUGAGGGUUUGGAAUGAUCCGGGGAUGGUUUGA